CCCCAUCUUAUCACUCAGUGUCUGUACAACACUUGUGCAUCAGAAACAGCAUCUUCAAAACAACACACAGGCAGGAAGAAAGAGCCUCAAGAAACGCCUCACCUCAUUUUUGAGAGGACACAAAUUAAAAGAAUGGGAUCUGCUGGAGUUCAGAUUGUCUGCGUGGCCCUCGGGGUCCUCGGCCUGAUCGGGGUCAUCGUAUGCUGCGCCGUCCCGCGCUGGAAAGUGUCCGCCUUCACAGGAUCCAACAUUGUGACUGCGCAGAGCAGUCAGGAGGGCCUGUGGACGAACUGUGUGGUGCAGAGUACCGGCCAGCAGCAGUGCAAGAACUACGACUCCCUGCUGGUGUUGGCCUCUGACCUCCAGGCCGCCCGCGCCAUGACCAUCAUCAGCUGCAUGCUCAGCUGCCUCAGCCUCCUCAUCCUCUUCUGCGGGGCCGACUUCACCACCUGCGUGCAGAACGAAGACGCUAAGCCCAAAAUCAGCCUGGUGGCCGGGGUGGGCCUGCUGCUGGCCGGCCUCCUGGUGAUCAUCCCCGUCAGCUGGUCAGCCCACAUUGUUGUGCGAGACUUCAACAACCCCCUGGUGGUCGCUACUCAGAAGAAGGAGCUGGGAGCGUGCAUCUUUGUGGGCUGGGCCGCCGGCGUGCUGCUCCUUCUGGCUGGAGGUCUGCUGUGCUGCUUCAGCAGGCCCAAAUCUGGCAGCUCCGGUGGAACCGCCAAGUACUACAGCAACAACGCCUCCGCUCCUAAUAAAAACUACGUGUAGUGGCUUUAUGAAGGGGACUGGUGCUUGAGAGAAAGGAGGGGAGGGGGAUUUAGCUGGUGAAAGACUGGGGACCAAAAAAGUAGAUGACACCAAGGGUGGUUUAGGAAAAAACUGAAAUGUCUGUGUAAAUACUGAAUGCUGAUAAUUGUCUCCAACUUUUUAUUUCAUAUUCAUAAUUAUGCUGGUGAUGUUUCACUAUCAGGUGAUGGGUUAUGUAUAAGAUAUUUGAAAAUAAAUGUGAUACUGGCUUCUUCAGAAGUGCUUUUAAAGAUCCACAAAAGUGCCUUUAGAGUAAAAUUCAACAUUAUGAGACUGUGGAAAGAAAAACGGUCUAAUAAUCUGUAUGAUCAGCAUUUCCAUAUAAAAGAGCCAUCCGGCCUUUAAUAUUUUACAUAUUGUUUGGCUCAAAUGUUCUGUCUGUACUGCAUUUUUUAUCAUUUGUCUGUUUCUUUCAUCCACAGUCAGAAAAAGCUGCUCAAAACAGCCUUCAACCAAAGGCACCUCAGUAGACUUCAGGGAGCGUCUGUGUUUCUCUGAUGAAACGUCCUUAAACGUCCGUGUGACCUUUCAGACAUGUUAUAUAACAUUUCUCAUUGCUCAUUUUCUUUUGAUUCUCAUUUUGUAUGAUUAUAUUGAGUAUAAAUAAUUAAAACUUUGUGUAAUUCAAAAGUGCAUUUCAUGUGUUUGAAAAAGAAGUCAAAGCAGUAUUUUGAAAAUACAGAGGACUUUAUUUCAAACUAAAAGCAUAUAUUAAAAUAGGAUUUUUUAAAAACUUGAUCAAACCAAAUAAACAAAUUCAAGCUUCAUGCCAAAGAACAAUGAAGUUUCA